AUGGUCAGUCCUGGAACCGAACCUCCAUCUCCCGAUUCGUAUUCUCGUCCUCCGGUCCCGAAGUUCAAGUACAUAGAUAAUCCCCGACAAUACAAACGCGACUAUGCGUAUCGUCAGAGCCCUUUCGAGGGCGACUUUUGUGUCAUGUCCGUAGACCAUGUCGCCUCCGUCGCAGACCUCGGCCUUGAAGCGAUGGAGGCGGCGAAGCGUAUCCCCUCGGGACAAUAUGUUGCGUAUGUUGGAAUGAGCAUCAGUCUGCCAUUCAACAAUAAUCCCACCAACCCGUUCAAUCUCGCGCCCAUCUGCCAGGGUGUGCCUCGACAGGCGGCGUAUUGCGAUAAUACGCCCGCUUGCAUUCCCAUUCAUCCUAGCUCGGAGGUUCAUGGAGGACGCGAACCGCUCAAGCCCGUGGCGCCCUUUCCUUGGCCGGACUGCUAUAUCUCCACCUUUGACGCAGACAGCUGUCGGGUGACGAACGUUAAACGCGAAUAUCCUCCCGUGCUAUGCGUCUUGGAUGACAUGGCGAACGCAGAAGCAGAUACGUGCAUCUACGAGGACAGGGAGGAAUGGUUGGCUUUCCAGACCCGUCGCAAUCGGGGCAACCCGGAUGCGCUGGCGCGUAUGCCGUUGAAACCACGCCCUACGCCUGUUGAAGGGCCCUCGGCCGAUCCGUUAUCUUUCCUACCUCCUCUCCAAGUAGAUCGCCCAGGUUCGCGUACCGCUCCGACGCCUUCGGAUCUGACGGGAGGCGAUUCCGUGCGUUCGGCAAUCCCGGUGCAUACUGCCGUCCCGUCGUCCUUGUUCUCCACCGGAAGCCCAAGCAUGCCUGUCGUCAAUAUUUGGUACGACCUGACCAUGGUGACCGAAGUCCCGGACCCCGCUGAGUUUACAGCAGAAUGUGAGAUGCUCCGAAAGUUGAGGGCAUACUACCAUCCGAAGAGAGUUGCCCUGCGUGCCAAAGCCGAAGCCCAGAUGAAACAACCCGCGUCAACUGGGGUGGGACGCGAGACUAUACCCCCCUCGUUGCCAACUGUUACUGCAUCAACCCCUGGCGCAGAUGCUCUGGCGUCACGUUCUCUUCCGACCAAUGUCACCCCCAUCAGACCGCAUCUCAGCGCGACCGGCACAGAGGAGGUACACACAGCCGCACGGCCUCUCGAAUCGACAACCCAAGAAGCCGUGUCCUUGUCCCUACCCUCGGCCGGUCGAGUAGAUGCCACAGCGCGGCAGACCGGCUCUCAAUCUUCUCUGGUGGCAUUACGCAAGAGCAUGUAUCGUUCGGAGUCUCGAUCUUCGUUGCGAUCGUCGAAAGCUGCCACAAGCCUAUCUGCCUCGCCUACCAAAAAAGAGUUCACCCACCAUCCACAUCCAUAUGCGGUGGAGCGAUCUACUCGCAGCGCUUCCAGUCUUUCGUUUGCAGUGCCACGACUGCGCAACGACUCGCUCAAGAGCUUGAAGAAGAGUCGAUCGAGCUCGUCUUUGAAGAUCCCGCGUCGUGCCGCGGCCUUGCCGGCCUUGCCUUUUUCUCGUUCAUUGCGAUAG